CUGCCCUCUGGGCCUUCCUCCCUGGGGACAGCCCCUCCCAGCCAAUCUCACAGCCCAGGCUCCCUAUAUAAGGCCAGGGCUGCAGGCCCUUCCUCUGGGUCGGUGUCACCUCCAGGAUACAGACAGUCCCCUUCAGUGCAGCCCACCAGGUCCCCCAGCCGCCACCAUGCCUUUCGGCAACACCCACAACAAGUUCAAGCUGAACUACAAGCCUGAGGAGGAGUAUCCAGACCUCAGCAAGCACAACAACCACAUGGCCAAGGUGCUGACCCUUGACCUCUACAAGAAACUACGGGAUAAGGAGACGCCCUCUGGCUUCACCCUGGAUGACAUCAUCCAGACAGGUGUGGACAACCCAGGUCACCCCUUCAUCAUGACCGUGGGCUGCGUGGCUGGGGACGAGGAGUCCUACACGGUCUUCAAGGACCUGUUCGACCCCAUCAUCCAGGACCGGCACGGGGGCUUCAAACCGACGGACAAGCACAAGACCGACCUCAACCACGAGAACCUCAAGGGCGGAGACGACCUGGACCCCAACUACGUGCUGAGCAGCCGCGUGCGCACCGGCCGCAGCAUCAAGGGCUACACGCUGCCCCCGCACUGCUCCCGGGGCGAGCGCCGCGCGGUGGAGAAGCUCUCCGUGGAAGCCCUCAACAGCCUGACGGGCGAGUUCAAGGGCAAGUACUACCCUCUGAAGAGCAUGACAGAAAAGGAGCAGCAGCAGCUGAUUGAUGACCACUUCCUGUUUGACAAGCCCGUGUCCCCACUGCUGCUGGCCUCAGGCAUGGCUCGAGACUGGCCUGACGCCCGUGGCAUCUGGCACAAUGACAACAAGAGCUUCUUGGUGUGGGUGAACGAGGAGGACCACCUCCGUGUCAUCUCUAUGGAGAAGGGCGGCAACAUGAAGGAGGUUUUCCGCCGCUUCUGCGUGGGGCUGCAGAAGAUUGAGGAGAUCUUUAAGAAGGCUGGCCACCCCUUCAUGUGGAACGAGCACCUGGGCUACGUGCUCACCUGCCCAUCCAACCUGGGCACCGGAUUGCGGGGCGGCGUGCACGUGAAGCUGGCUCACCUGAGCAAGCACGCCAAGUUCGAGGAGAUUCUCACCCGCCUGCGUCUGCAGAAGCGGGGCACAGGUGGCGUGGACACUGCUGCCGUGGGCUCGGUGUUUGACAUAUCCAAUGCCGAUCGGCUGGGCUCGUCCGAGGUAGAACAGGUGCAGCUGGUGGUGGAUGGUGUGAAGCUCAUGGUGGAGAUGGAGAAGAAGCUGGAAAAGGGACAAUCCAUCGACGACAUGAUCCCUGCCCAGAAGUAGGCGUUCCGCCCCGGCCCGCCCGGCGGUCGCGGUCAGCUGGAGACCGGCGCCUGGGAGGACCUGGCCGCUGGAGCCCCGCCCCUUCAUGUCUCGCUCCGCCCCCUUCCCCGGAGUCCCGCCCAUAAAGUUUCAUCCCUCGGGGCGUUCGUUCCACUCAGAGUUCCAACCAAUGGGCUCCAUCCUCUGGAUGGUUCUGGCCAAUGAAAACCCUGCUCACAGCCUCCUCUGGGUUCCCCAGAGCCCGCCCACCACCCGGAGCUCUGGCGCUCCAUGCCGCGCAAUGAAUAAAAGCGAUGAUGGCCUUA